GAACGCCUCACAGCUCCGUCGAUGGUGUCAUGGCGCAGGAGAGGCCGGAGGACAGCGAGCUUCCCAACUUUCACAUCAGUUUCCAUCCUUCUGAAGUAUCUUGGCUGAAAGUCGUCAGCAUCGAACGAAUCUGAACUCUGGUUGUUCUCGGCGCGAUGGAGAAACCAGCGUUACAAACGCAGCCGUCCACCCUUCCUUUUUUCGACACGGCGCACGCCUUCAACCUGCUGAGAGGGAUCCACGAGCUCCGGGCUGAGCGCAAGUUCUUCGAUGUGACUCUGUGUGCCGAGGGUCGCGAGUUCCACUGCCACCGAACCGUGCUGGCCGCCGCCAGCACCUACUUCCGUGCCAUGUUCGCAGGGACCCUGAGAGAGAGCGCCAUGGACCGGGUGGUCCUACAUGAGGUCUCGGCUGAGCUCUUGGGUCUGCUGGUGGACUUCUGCUACACUGGACGGGUGACUGUGACGCAGGAAAACGUGGACCUCUUGCUGAAGACAGCAGAUCUGUUCCAGUUCCCGUCAGUCAAGGAGGCGUGCUGUGCUUUCCUGGAACAAAGACUGGACGUGUCCAACUGUUUAGAGAUCCAGGACUUUGCUGAAGCCUAUGCCUGUCGGGACCUGGCAGCCAGCGCACGCCGCUAUGUUCUGAAGAACAUCAUGGAGCUGGCCAAAGGCACAGACUUCGAGCGGCUUCCGUGGAAGCGCCUCCUGGAGUUUGUUUCAGACAACGAGUUGUGUGUGGACAAAGAGGAGACGGUCUAUCAGAUCGCUGUGCGCUGGGUGAAGGCCGACCUCAAGCGCCGGCUCCACUACUGGCCCGAACUCCUCCAGCAGGUCCGUCUGCCUUUUGUGCGGCGGUUCUUCUUGUUGGCACACGUGGAGAGUGACCCGCUGGUCUACCUGUCGCCCACGUGCCUCCGGAUGGUCAACGAAGCGCGCAGCUUCCAGUCCUGCGAGUACGACCGGCACGACCGACCCUGCCACCGGAUGCGGCCGCGACCGUCCACCGGCUUGGCUGAAAUCCUGGUGGUGGUGGGCGGCUGUGACCAGGACUGUGACGAGCUGGUGACCGUGGACUGUUACAACCCGCAGACUGGACAGUGGCGCUACCUGGCCGAGUUUCCCGAUCACCUGGGGGGCGGCUACAGCAUCACAGCCCUGGGAAGCGACAUGUACGUCACAGGUGGCUCAGACGGCUCUCGCCUCUAUGAUGGCGUCUGGCGCUACAAGUCCAGCGUGAACGAGUGGACGGAGGCGGCGCCCAUGCUGAAGGCCAGGGAGUACCACAGUUCCUGCGUGCUGAAGGGUCAGCUCUACGUGGUGGCGUCGGACAGCACUGAGCGCUACGAUCACUCGCUGGACUGCUGGGAGGCGCUGCCGCCGAUGCUGCACUCCAUGGACAACUGCUCCACCACCACCUGCGGGGGGCGCUUGUAUGCCAUUGGCUGUCUUGCUGGCGAGGACACCAUGGCCGUCCAGAGCUACGACCCGGAGAGCAACCGCUGGUCCAUGGUCAACUGUGGACAGCUGCCGCCUUGGUCCUUCACCCCGAAAACUGUCACACUCAAUGGACUCAUCUACUUCGUGAGGGACGACUCGGCUGAGGUCGACGUGUAUAACCCUUUGAAGAACGAAUGGGACAAAAUCAGCCCAAUGACUCAGGUUCACGUGGGAGGCAGCGUGGCAGCCCUCGGGGGUAAACUGUAUGUGUCCGGUGGAUACGACAACACCUUCGAACUGUCGGACGUGGUGGAGGCGUACGACCCGACCACUCGCUCCUGGAGUCCUGCCGGACGACUGCCUCAGCCCACCUUCUGGCACGGCAGCGUCAGCAUCUUCCGGCAGUUCAUGCCGCAAGUGUCCAGUGCCUUUGAACCGUUGGAGGCUCCGCCCUCAAACACCAUUCAGCUGCACCGACACCAGCGGCACCAGGCGCUCCAGAACCUCAACAACCUGAACCAGAAUCAGGACGUGAACCCGGCACACUGAGGUGGGGUAAUGUGUGUCACCACUGGGGAGUGACCUGUGAAAGGGUUAUUGUAUGUCAUGUCUGAAGCCAUGGUGCCGUUCUGAGGUCCAGCUUCUGUUGAGUUUAAAUGAGAACAAUCACAGAUCGGGAAGCGAAUGGCUUGUUGUCGGCGAAAAUUCCACAAAUAGAUCAGAUCACCUGCCACUUUAUUUUGCUGAGAUGUACGAAUUUACAACUAGAGAGCUCCAACCUUUGUUUACUGAAGUUGCUGAGCCAUGCUGGAAGCAUCGUUGAGUCGGUUGCACGAACUCCACCACCAUGCCAUGAGUUUUGAACCUGCAACUGAAUAUGCAUGAAGUGUUUUAUAUGUUUGAAUGGGUUGAUAUUUAAUGUGUUUGUGCUGUAGCCGCUGGAGUCACACCACAACUGGACAGUCUCCCCGUGUGAACGCAGUUCCUCUUUCAACCGCUGGCAUUAGAUCGCUGCUACUUCCAACCUUUGAACAGUAGUUUACAGCAAACGUGUGCAUAUGUAUUUUUAUAUCAAUAGCUAGUGCAACUUAUGCUAUCGGAGUAUGUUGUAAUAAAAAAACUCAAAAUCUCCUUUGUGCUUUUCAUUUUGGUGGAACAGCAACAGUUUAUGCAGCAUUUUAUUUGGAUACAUUUUUCAUACU